GGAAACUUUAUUUUGUUUACAUGUCCACCCGAAUAUGAGAUUACUCAGGGGUUGAUGGUUACAUAUCGACAGAUCCCAUCCAAAGUACUGACUCCAGGAGAUCCUUGUUUAGAAUUCAAGGAAUGGGUCUGCUCCAAAUCCUGGGGCUCUGCGCCCUGGCCGCAUGCUGCGGGGUUGUGUCUGUACCCCAGCCGUUCCUCAAGGACACACCUCUGCUCUCCCGGAACUGCAAUGACUCAGAUGUGCUGUCGGUCUCAGGCUUCGCCCUGCAGGACAUCAACAGAGACCAAAAGGACGGCUACGUGCUGAGCCUCAACCGAGUGAGCCGCGUCUGGGAGCACACACAGGAUCACCUAGGGUCUGUGUUCUAUCUCGUGUUGGACGUGUUGCAGACUGGCUGUCAUGUGCUCAGCAAGAAGGCGUGGCAAGACUGUGCGGUGAGGACCUUGCACACCUCAGUUUAUGGACAGUGCAAAGCACUGUUUUACAUUAAUAAGCCAAGAAGAAUCCUCUAUUCAAUUGCUUAUAACUGUACUCUUCGCCCAGUUUCUCGAAGAAAGAUUCACUCUAAAUGCCCUGACUGUCCGAGCCCCAGCCGCAUUGAUAAGUCAGAUCCUAGGGUCUUGGAAGCUGCCGUUGAGUCCCUUGCAAAAUUCAACCGUGAGAGCACUUCGAAGCAGUAUUCUCUUGUUAAAGUCACCAAAGCUACUAGCCAGUGGAUGGGCAGCCUGGCUUACUUUGUGGAGUAUUUAAUCCAAGAGUCACCAUGCACCAAAUCCCAGGCUGGCAGCUGCUCCCUUCAGCCUUCUGACUCUCCCGUUGGUCUUUGCAAAGGUACUCUGAUUCAAAAUCCACUAGAGAAGCGUGUCACGGUGACUUGUGACUUCUUUGAACAACAGGCUCCUGCCCCUGGAACUGAAAGCCUUGCUGGUGACCAGGGACCUUCAAACCUCCCCAACGUGGAAGAGCUCCAGCAGAAAAUCACACCACCUACUGACACCCCCUCCAAAGUGCUGUCAACGGGAAUUGUCCAACACCUCCCUGACUUGGAUGAUGAGAAGCCCGAAGGCUCCCAGGGAGAGGGCCCUCCGGAGGCCUUUCCCGUGCAGCUGGAGCUAACCACAAAUCCCCAGGGAGAACUCCUGGAUGUCUCCUUCCUCUUCCUGGAGCCCAUAGAGGUGAAGCUGGUCAUCCUGCCUUUCCCCAAAGAAGACCAACACUCUGGCCAGUGCCCAGGGCCGGCCCAGAACUUCGACCCUCUUAUCCUCCCACCGUGAGACCCAGUGGAUUCCACGGGGGUGUGGUGCUCUGCACGAGAUGAAAGGCUGGGGGGAAGAGGGACAGGGAGUGAGUUCAGAUGCAGAGAAGCCUAAUAAAGUGUGGUUUUCUGAUUCUU